AUGGAAUCUCGUAGUUGGAUGUAUAUUAGGACAAAUGACGGCAGAGGGGGGAUGAGGCAAGAAUUUGUAGAUGGUGUCGAUGCUUUUGUUGACUAUGCAAUGACACUUGAAACUUUUCUAAGUCAUGGCUUGGUUAGGUGCCCUUGUGUAAAAUGUAAAUGUAGUAAUUAUGAGACACCAGAGAUUGUUAGGCUUCAUCUCUAUAAAGACGGCUUUGAAAAAGAUUAUGCAGUGUGGACUAGUCAUGGAGAAACGGAUAGUAGUUUUGGUAGAUUUCAAGACUUUGUUGUUGGUGAAAGUAGUAGGGUGAUGGAACGUAAUGUCCAAAAUUCUAGAAUGCACGACAUGGUUCAAGAUGCUUAUGGGAUGCAUUCCAAUUUUGAAUCCGAUAACCAUGAUGAAGAAGCUCCAAAUGAAGAAGCUAGUCAUUUUUUUGAACAAUUGAAAAAUGCUAGUCGGCCUUUAUAUGACGGGAGUCCCCACUCUCAAUUAUCUAUUGUUGUUAGAUUAUUAUGCAUCAAAGCAGAUUGGAAUGUUCCUCAAGGUGCAAUGGAUGCUGUGAUUGGCCUUAUACAUGAAUUAGUUGACCCGAAUUUAGAGAUACCUGAAAAUUACUAUAAGGCAAAAAGAUUAGUGUCUAAGUUAGGACUCUCGUCGAUGAGAAUUGAUUGUUGUGAAAAUGGAUGCAUGUUAUUCUAUAAGGAUGACGAAGGUCUAGAAUCUUGUAAGUUUUGUGGCAGAGCUCGUUUUAAGCGGACUCGUAGCAGGAAGAGGGUUGCCGUUAAAGCGAUGCAUUACUUACCUUUUACACCAAGGUUAAAGAGGUUGCACGCAUCAAAUAGCUCCGCUCCUCGUAUGAGAUGGCACAAUGAAAAUAGAAGGUCACCUGGUGUUAUGUUCCAUCCAUCAGGCGGAGAGGUUUGGAAGCAUUUUGACACAACAUAUCCAGACUUUGCGGCUGAACCACGGAACAUUAAGUUGGGUUUAUGUUCAGAUGGAUUCACUCCACAUUCUAUUUCUACUGCACCAUAUUCUUGCUGGCCUGUUUUCUUAACACCAUAUAAUCUUCCACCUGAGUUGUGUGUGACUAGUCCAUAUAUAUUCCUUAAUUGCAUCAUUCCUGGCCCACGUAAUCCGAAGGUUUUGAUUGAUGUAUACUUGCAACCUUUGAUUGAUGAGUUGAAAAUGUUGUGGGUUGAAGGGGUUGAGACGUUUGUUGUUUCUCUUAAGGAGAAUUUUAAUUUGCGGGCCGCUUUAAUGUAG